GCCACACUUUGGUUUGGUGUACCCUUUCAAGAUGGAUGCUCUCGACUCGAUAGGUUUCUCUUUCUUUUUCAGUCCGGACCAUCCAUGUGCCUCACAGCCGUGAUAGAGACCACGCCGACGGAGUGGGAUUUAUUCUCCUUUUCACAGACCCGUGACUUGCGAAGCCACGAAAAGUGAACGUACCUGGGUUAAAGUGUCGCUUUGCUGUCGACCGACGUCUCCGCACUCUAACUUCCUGGGUGUCGAGUUGGACCGUCUGUCUAAAACUGCGACAACACCGAGAGCGACUUCAUUUUUUCCUUUUUAUUUUAUUUUAUUUUAUUUUUUUUGAAUGCGCUCUUCAUGGGAUUUUUUUAUUUUACUGCGAUGUUUUUCUGUAGAAACAACGGUUUUCAGCGUCAGGAGCGAGAAGGACGAGUCAUUUUAUAAGCGAUGGAAAGAGAGAAUGGCGGAGUCUCGAGUGAAGGUUUUUUAAUACCUGUGCCAGAGUCGUCUCAGCUCUUUGAGACUGUUCUGGCUCCACUUCAGAGUGCCUACCUGUAUGAGGAAUCAAAGCAGUUUUUCAAAUACAAGUCUGCUGUGAGGGUGAAAAACCCAGCGCUAGAAGCGAAGUACAAUGCCUUCCGAGAAAAGAGGAAGCAGGCAGGAUACUCAGAAGAUGAUCUGAAGGAGUCAUAUGGGUUUUUGCUGUUUGAUGAUGCCAACAAGGCAUACGCACUUGGGAAAACUGGUGUGCUCACUGGAAACAGCACAUGCACAACUCUCGGAGAUCCGUCAAAGGGUGUCUACAUUUCAAUGUUUUCUGACUGUCUGGAUUCAAACUGCUGGUAUCAUGGGAAAUCUGGAUACAUCGCCAUCAUCAGGCUUACAAAGGGCAAAGUUAAGAAAGUUGUAGAGAUUUACACUCAGAACCUUACUACACCCACGGAGGGUUUCGACUGUCACGUGUCUGAACAGCUGCCUACGGUGUCCUCCGAAACCAGCUCUUUUCUCGCCUUUGAGCGAACCCAGUAUUACAUGUAUGAACGCCUGAAUGAUGGAAGCAACGAAACAGCCCCGUCACCCAGUGCCGCCUGUCCAUUUGCAAUUGUAGAGUUUUCAUAUACGGAUACCAAAGCAACACUUCCAGUACCACAGGAAAAAAGUGAGGUGAAAAGAAUAGCUCGCCCAUACUUGCCUUGGAGAGGAAAGCUUCAGAUCGGGAGUCAGUCUUACAGUGUUGGACUGAGAUCUACAGCAGGGGCUUCAAUGCCUUCAAAACUCCCACCAGUGGUGAAAAUCGACAAAGCCAUUUCCAUGGUGGAUCUCAGACACCUGUUGCCAAAGACUGUUUUUGAGACCUGCUUAACUGGUGAAGCAUUUCUGGAUGGAUUGUACUGCAGUCUCUGUGAGUUAAUUUCAACUGAGGUGGAAGAAAACAGGAGUCUCGCUCUGCUUGUUGCUGAGCUCAAGAAGAAAGAUGCUGCUCUCGCUUUUCCACUUAAUGAUGGUGGAUUUCUUAUCCUGUUGCACUCAUCUCAUUUCCUUGGGUGUGAUGAUAUGGGGACUGGAUCAACUGAAGGCCUGCAAGGCAUCUUUGUGUUUCCAGAUUCUCGUGUUGCAGUGAGAGAUGUGAAAUUUGGACUUAGACCCUCUGCCAUAUCGCUUGAAAAACUUUGGUUUCUCCCUUCAUUACGUUCUGCAAAGGGGAAAGUUGGGAAACCAGCAAUCAACUCAAGUGAACAACUAUGGGAAAGAUUAGUACAUUAUAUGUGCAGUUAUGAAGCACUGUUGAAAUCUCGACUGGGAUCUUGGCCCUGCAAGGAAUUCAGCGUCUUACCAGCUGAAUAUAAUGAUCAGAAUACCCACAAACAUGUCAGUUCUUCCCCCGAGUGGAUUCAUCAUGCAUGGCAGGGGUUUAACUUAUACCUCAGCAAACCAGAGUGCUUUCAGGUACCGCUGUCCAGCGCCUCAGACGUUCUGGCAGCUGAACAGGAGGAGCAAAGAGAGGACCUUGAUGAUGAUGUUUAUAUCUGUCCAUCUCCUGAACUGGUCGAUCCUGUGAGCAAUCCAGUACAAGACCAGGUGUCAGACAAAACAUGUACCGAGACUUCUUUGGACAGUUUUUCUUCAAGGGCAGAAGCCCGAACUGAUUUACCAAUACCAAGACAAUGUGCCAUGCACACUGAGAUGGGAAAAUCUAUUGAUACUGAAGGAAAAAAACAACUAAUUUCUCUAUCGGAGGACCUUCCUUCAGAGCUGAUUGUCAGCAUUACUUCAGCAGAACAAAGUGUUGGAGUGGAGUCCAUAAGUGUUGGCAGAAAUAUGUCAACAACAAAGCAUAAUGACUUUAAGUUUGGUGGAAUUUCAAUGACUUCCAAGUUACAGAGUGUACAAACGAACUCCCAUACUGAUGAGACUGAUGAAGCUAGAAAAGUUGUAGCCUACCCCCAGGUUACCAAACUCACAAAACCCAAAAAGAGGAGAGGACAGAGGGGGUUCUCGAAAAAACAAACGCUGGCGUCUACAGCUUGUGUCAGGACUCCCAGCUCACAGACAGAAAAAGCACCAGAUGAGAUUGGCAGCUUGAAAAGUCAAAAGGAUAGAACCACCAAACAAAUGUCUGCUAAUCCACGGCGGAGAAUUUCCUCCAACACUGCUUGGAGGAGAGCAAUCCAACGCAAGCACACAACAGGAGCGCAGGAGAAAACAUCUGACGCUGAACAGCAGAACAUGGAAAACAGUACUUUGAUGGAGCUUAAAGCUGGUCCUCUGAGAAAGAAAACAGAGGUUUGGGAUCUGAAGCCAGUUGUCUCAGAAUGUGGAAGAAUCUUGGUUCCUCAUGGCUCUGUAGAUGUUGCUUAUCAUAUAAAGCAUAUUCAGGAAAAGAUCCAAGCUACAAAGGACGAGCUGGGUCUGGACAAACCACUGCUUGAUACCUCAACAAAAGCUCAUAACACAGUGGAAAUGGAGAAAAAGGCUUGCGCUGAUCAAGAAACAUCAGUCGAUGAAAUGGGCAUCACAACAUCUAUGGAAUGUAGAAACCAGCAACAGAACAUGAAGAGUCAUGUUGAUCCUGAAGAAAGUGUUUUGGAGCACUCGGAUAAUUGCACAGUCUCAAAGCCUUUGAAUACGGAGACUAAUGUGGAAUGGCUAAACAAGGUUGCAGAUCAUCCUCCCUUGCGAGAAAUUGAGGAAAAAAAAAUUGGCUUCAUUUCCACACCAAUGAGUCCGCUGAAAGGCGAAAUACUGUUGACCAAACUGAAAUCAGUUCUCUCAAGAGGAAAGAGAAAAUUGGAUUUUUUGAUGAUGGAAGAGGCAACUGCGAACACAGUUGAGGACAUCCAACCCUGCCAUAAGCAGCAGAAAGUGGAGUCUGAAACUGAAAUGUUGACGAGGAAUAGUGCAAGUACUCUGGUUGAGAGCAUUCGUGUCAAUGACAUGUCCAGCAUGCUCCCAGUUGAUGUCUUUGCAAAUGCCCUUGGCCUCACCCCUAAAGAAUCACCAGUUCAGAGAACUCAGGAUCAGGAUUAUUUGCAAAAGGAAGACUCACCUGAGACACGAGACAAGCAGAUACUACGACGACCACUAAUGAGUUCUCCACGGCGUCGUAGGAUUAAAACACUCAAAAAGUUCAAAGGCAUCACUGAAGAAUGCAUCAAAAAGACAUGGUGGUUGCAUUUUCAAACUCCAGCUUGUAAUUCCAGUGAAAAUCUCACAUAUAAAGACUGUUCUAGGGACAAUUUGUUCAGGAAGACUGUUAAGGAAAAUGUGAACAGUGUUUGUACAUCUACUGAUGGAUUGAACUUACUUGCUGACUUGGCACUCGGUGCAAGUAGUGGCCAGGUUCCUCUACCACCGCACCCAGCACUUGAAAGCCCACCUGAGACAAGUUUGAAGAAGUGUGAACUUACCAAAAGUCUUACAGCUGUUGAUCAAGACUCAAUUCUUCACGCUCUGCUUAGACAGCCUCCUGCGAGAGCUGUUCAUCUGCCUGAUACGACUGCUUCAGUGAACCACCUUGUUGGAGGCGAUGAGUUGGUUGGUUUGUUGAUGAAAGAACAUGCUUACUCAUUGGACCCAUCUUCCUCUUUGCUGUUGGGUUUGCCAGGUACACCCUUCCAGGCAUCCCCUGUAAGUGGUUCUACCAGACUGCUGCUUCAUCACCAGGCAGUGUAUGGUGAUAAAUACAAAACACUACACUCCUCUCUCGGUCAAGAAGAUCAAUAUGAAGCCACCAACAGUCCAGACUGCCUGAAAAAGCUGUUGACAACCAGGCAGAAGUUCAGGCACUCUCGAACUUUUGUUUAUAAGGAUGGUUCUCUCCAAGUCACACGUCAGUGGCAAGAGAAGUACAACUUUGCUGCAGACAGCAAGUUUACAAAUGAAACGAAGAACAAAGCAAUUAUCCGAGCUUUACAUGGGCCAUGGGAUUUCUCCAUCCAAGACACCGAUCCAGAAAAGCAGCUUAUCAUCCACAUGUGGAUAGGUUUGUUUUACAGCCGAUCGACAGCCAGGUUCUUUCAUGCUGACUCAAACUUGGAAUACUCAAGUUCAGAAGAUCCUUUGGAUAUUCCCAGUGCAGUGAUAUCAGAUCCAGCAGGGGAUGACCUUGCAGAUAUUUCAGAUCCUUCAACUCCUGAAGCUUUGGACCUCAGUAAAAGGAGCAACUCGGCUUCGAGCAAAGAGUCGGUGGUUUUGGAUUUGUCUCUGAAGAACUCCAUUGCAGAGGCGGUCCCUUCAGAUGAACAAGUGAGCAAAAUGGAGACUUCAGAAUCAGAUGGACAAGAAAAAAUCAUCCAAGCACUGAAUGAGCUGAAAUCACCUAGAGCGAUAAAUGAGAGUCAACAAGAGCCUGGCCAAUCCACUGAGCACAACAGUGACGUAACUGAUGUGAAUGACAUGGCAGUUGAUGAAGAAAGAGACGACAAAAGUUUCGGCAAGACUAUGAUUCCAUUUAUUGGACCAGAUACCUCUGGCGAUGAUAUAUCAGAACCACUUCAUUCCUUGCAACCAUCAGAUGUUGAGGAAAUCCCCUUCACCAGUGAAACAACCAACUCUGAAGCUGUCCUGCCCACUGCUGUGCUUGCUACAUCUGAGAUCUGUGCCAGAAAAACAGAACCCUCUUCACCCAAAUUACCACUUCAGGAUGUAAGUGAAACCGAUCAGCCUCAGGGAAAUCACCCUGAGAACAGGUGCCCCACCCCAACUAUUGACGAAAAACCAUAUGAGUCGAGACCUUUUGGCUUUAAAAAUGCUGACGAAAUCCUCAAAAACAUCUCUGAGAUGUCCUCAUCAUCUUCAAAUGAUGACUUACCAGAAAAGAAAAAAAAUAUUGCUACUUCUGCAGUCAACACUCACCUCCACGUUGAUCUUGAAGCAAGAAUCCUGAGAGUUUUACCAAGCGUGAGCAAUCUCCCUUCCAAGUCAAACCUCACUGACAAACCAAGCCAGAUCAAAUUAACUGACAUGAAUGAGUCCUCUGAUCCAACCCCGGACUCAACAAGCUCCCAUACCUACCUGAGAGAAGAAGAAAAGCCAACAAUGGCUUGUGCCACGCAGGAUUUGCCUGCAGAGUCAUUGGAUCCCAACUCAUAUUUUAAGGAAAGAAUGGAGCAAAUACUUUGUGUUAAGUUGCAGGUGGAAAAGGCAAAUUUGUCAGUUCCUCAACUCUCUUCUACAACUAAUGAUGAAGUGGAGACCUCUGGGAUGACAGAUGAUUGCAAUUCUCACACAUCUGUUCCAUCUACUGAAUGUUUGCCAGUGAAUGAAUCUCAUGAAAAUCAAGAGAUUGACCAAACAACAUCUGAAUGCAGUUCAAAACAGGAACCUUGCCGCCCAGAAGAGCCACACAUGGAGAAGUCUUUGCAAAAUAUCCUGACUAGUACCCCUAUAGUCAAAUACACAAAACCAACUCCAGCACUCACAGAAAAUACAAAGAAAGACCAUUUCAUAGGAAAUUCCAAGAAAUUGGACGAAAGCCAUAUGGUCAAUGGGCCUUCUUCAGCAGACACUAGGCUAACAAAUGGUCGUCAUUACAAAUCUAAGUCAGUGAAAACUGAAUUGGCACUUCGUGAUCCCGCAUUUUCUGACCAACAAGAUGAUAAUCUAAAUGUCAACAGGAUCACAUCCUCGUCACUAUCACUAUCAUCCUUUGACUCUGCUAAAAGUUCCCCCAACCAAUUUGAUGAAGAUCAGAGUUACUUCAGCUGGAGUCAUUCAGUUGAGAAUCUUGAGCAAAGAAUUAAGGAGACUUCUAUUGUCAAACAGGGAGAGUCUCCUGAUGCAUCAGCUCCAAUUGUGACUUGCGAAGAUAAUGGCAUGGGAGAUGAGAGCCUUGUCUUGAGUCCCAAAGCAUCACUUGUAUGCACAAUCUUAAACACCAACCAGACAACUUCUGUUUCUUUUUUGGAGCAAAUUUCCAAGAGGUGCCUCCAAGAUGACCCCACUCAGGCAUCAGUAGAACAGGCUUGUCUCAUAUUUUCAGAAAAAAUGAAACAGCUUCUAAAAAAGACCAAGAGGGGUCCCACACAACAAGAAGAAGCUCACAACAGCUUGAGUUCAUCUUGCACUAGUCCUCCUAUGAUGAUCCACUUCUCCAAUCUAGAGGAACAGGACAUUUCACUGUAUCCAUUGGGCAACUCACUUUUUGGACAAACAAUCAUGGUGGACAUGUCCGACAGGAAAGACCAACAGAGACAAAACAGUGGACAUCCCCGAGAAAAAUCCCGUACAGCAAGCAAUCCCCUGGACCAUGCUGGUGUUUCAAAAGUGACAGCAGAGUGUGCAAGGCUCUACAAAGCAACAAUGCAUGACAUUUGUGCUGUUGAACUGGAUUUCUCAAGACCGAAAUACUUCAACAUGGAUGGAGUUCACUCAAAGACGGAACCGAGUAACCACUUUGACUUCUGUGAUCAAAUGAAGAGAGAAAUGGAUGAGACGUUUCGCAGUAAGCUAAAUUCAAUCGUGAAGAAAUCUUGUAAAACCAGAUACCGAUUCUUCAUAUUGAUGACAUCUGAUGACACCUUCUUUGACGAAACCAAGGCACAGUUACAGGCAGAAGGUCAUACUGCUGUCGAUCCAGAUGAGUUCUUCAUCAAGGAUAGCUUGUCAUCUCUACUCAUCAUCCUCAGGAAUGAAGACAUUGCUGAGCACAUUUUUCAGGUCCCACACUUGCUUGAGCUGAAGAGGACCCCAAAUGUGCUGUUUGCUGGUAUUGACGAACCUGAUGAUGUCCUCAAUCUCACAUACCAGGAGGUCUUCACAGCGGGUGGUAUUGUAAUGAUUGACAAAGCAGCACUGGAGUCCCUCAGCCUUUGCAACAUGAAAAAAAUCUCCACGAUCUUGCAAGAGCUAAAUGGAAUGGGGAAGUGGAAAUGGAUGUUACAUUACAGAGACAGUCGUCGGAUCAAAGAAAAUGCAAGGCUGAGUGCAGAAGCAAAGGAGAAGAAGAACUUUCUGCUCUGGGGCCAGGACGCCGGAAUGCUGGAGGUCAUGCCUUACCAUGGAUGUGAUCUGAUGUCGAGAGAUCACCCUGACUAUCUCACAUGUUUAGUCCGCUUGCAGAUCCAGAAUAUAUCAUCUCGCCACACAGUUUUUAUCACUGACAAUGCAACAGAUGGCGCCUAUGAGAGGAAAGGAAUUUAUAUGACGACGGUGAACUCUUUUCUGACAAAGCCACCAAGCGAAACAUUUACAGUCUGACCUAAAAUACAAAUGUCAAACUGAACUGAAGUUGACUUCACCACACAGCAUUUUAAAAAUGGCUCAGAAGAAAACACUACUUCUCUCGCUUUCUUGUUCUUUUUUUUUUUUUUUUUUUGUAAAGUGAUAGUUAUUUAUGGCUUCAGAUUUUGCUGAAAUGUUUUAUUCGACAGUGUUUUCUAUUGUAUGUUUAAAUCAGUUAAUGAACAGAGUGGCAAUAAGGCCUCUACCCUGGCAGCUGAGCUGGAUUUACAGAGGGUAAUAUUUUUGUUGUAAAUUACGUUGUAGUUGUUUGAAGGUUUUCUAUUAUGCAUAUUGUAUUAUUUUCCUCGUGAUUGUGCCACAGUUGCAGAACAAUCAGCAGUGUUUGUUUGAUGAGGACUUUCUGCCUUUUAAAGACUGUUUCACUUUGACUGCAAAUAAAAACAUUUCUUAAUUGUG